AUGUGUACCGUCACGCGCUCACGGAGAACAAGUGAUGUGAAAUCAUCCUGGACAGAAAAGACAAAGUACACUGUAUCUGGCGAGCACAUUUCUGUGACCAACGAUUUGAGACCCAGUCUUGUCUACAGUAGGCAGUUGGAGAACAACUUGUGGUCCGUUAAACAAGAAAACCGCGAAACACAUAAUUUUAAUCUUGGACAUCUAUUAAGUAAUGUUUCCCGAGACGAGUUGGAGAGAGUCAAACGACAAAGUUCUGCUCAAGUGAACUUUUAUAAGAACUGUCAGAAAAUUCUCGAUGGCAGCACGUAUUAUAGCGUCCGGGGACCAUUUUAUGUAAAUACUGAAGAAAGUAUUGCUCCCUUCCGCCUCCAGUGUGGCUCCGAGGCCGGACUGCUAAUCACAGGGGAAGAAGGGGUUAUCCACUUCCGGUCGCCGUGCUGUGCAGCUGGGUGCACAACUCGAUUUUUCAUUGACUCAACUUCUGGGUCAGAGUUCAGUAUGGAAUUUCUGGACUUUAACGUUCCGUCGCCUCUCAUGCUCAACUCGGACGGAUCUUACUCAUGCACAGACAGUCGAGUGUUUUUUGCUUUUCAGAGUAUCGCCUUUUGUGGCAACAUAGCCCCUAAACCAUUUAAAGUGGCCCCGGCUUUUGUAGACAUGAGAGUGGAAACACGGAAGAACAUGCUAUGUCGUGACGCAAUUUCCUUUUCCUUAAAAUUCCGGAAGUGCGACAGAAGGGAUCGGGUGGUCAGUAUGUGCAAGUCACAGCAUACAGUUGUCCAUGAGGGUCAGUCUGGAUUCAUCACGUCCCCCGGGUACAGAGAAGGUAACAGGUAUCCGCCUUAUACUCGCUGUGAGUGGGAUAUCGAAGUAUCAAAUAACAGCGUUAUCCAACUGUCCUUCGAGUUUUACCAAAUUAGCUACGGUAUCGAUUCAGUAAGCAUUUCCACAAAAGGACAUCCUCAUACUGACCAACACCAUGCUGUAGACGUAUCUUUCUUCCAGGCUGACUACCGUGUUAAAGAUGGUUAUUUCCUCACCCUUCCCAGCUACCGCGCCAAAGUUGCGUUCUUCACAGAUAGGUACAGCCACGGCAAAGGGUUUAAAAUGUGGUACACGGCUGCCAGUAAAGAUUCAUACAUUCCGGUAAUUGACAAAUUUGUACUCAACUGUUCGGGCCAUGAACUUUCCCUUCCUCUACACAUUCUUUGUGAUUUUCGAGACGAUUGCGAUGGACGAGAGGACGAAGCGAAGUGCACUUACGUAAAUGAAACUUGGUGCCCUGAUGGUCACGUCUUCGGGACGAGCUGCUAUCAUCUCCAAGCCCCACAUUCUACUGUCACUUGGCAAAAAGCAGAAGACAUUUGCAUGCAGCAAUACAAUGGUCAUUUGGUUACCCCAAAUUCGAAAGAAGAACUGAAAUUUAUUUCCGACCUCAUUAUUGUAAAAUAUCCUGUUUCCACGCCCUGGUAUCUGGGUUUCAGACAUUCGAGCUUUGGAGCUGAUCUUUUGUAUCGGAAGCUAUACCAAAGCCUGGAUGGGACUACUAUAUUCAAUGGAUUCAUACAGCAGUUCGUCUCGGACAUCUCUGCCACGUGCGCUGCAUGGGACUACAUGACCGAGCUUAAUCAAAGGGAAGUAGCCAACAUACCCUGCUUCGAGAUCUGGACCAAAAUAGAAUACGAUGUAAUACGUUCUACGUCUUCUUUUCAGCAACAAAACGUUCAUAUAGCCUGCGAGGUUAGAAGAGCAUCAGAAGUAAAACCAAUCUUAGCUUCCUCCCCAACCGUUGUUUGGGCAUCGAAAAGGGAAAUGUUUGAGUGCGUCGCUAGUAAAGAAAGAGUCUCAAUGUCAAGGCGAUGUGACUGGGUUUCUGACUGUUUUGACGGAAGUGACGAAGUCGACUGCGCUGGUCUAAGUGGCACACCACUGUAUAGGCGUUUUACCUGUACGUCUGGACGUCUGCUCUGGUACUCUCACGUCUGCGACGGCGUCAGCGACUGUUCGGACGGUUCGGACGAGGAGUUCUGCUCUCCGGUUCCCGUGGACAACAAUGACCUGACGGUAUGUGCCAAUGGGAUCCCGGUGCCGUCCUCCUCGUGGUGUGACGCUAAACCCGACUGUCUGGACGCUUCUGAUGAGCUAGACUGCUCCAGGUGUAACGGUGGGGCCAUCCUGUGCCCGUCUGUUGGCUGCUUGCCGCCCCACUGGGCACACGACGACGCCCUGGACUGCCACGCAAGGGACCAGAGUGGUCAGUGGAUCCUGGAACCUGACUUUGUCCCCCACACAGUUCAGGCUCAGCCACCACCAGGCGUUGUCAUGCCAGACGGGUACGGGAAAGUGACCAUCCUGCCGUUAGAUGAAGGGGACCCGUGUCCACCAACACAUGUCCAGUGCCCCAAAGGAUACUGUGUACCCAUCUAUAUGCUCUGUAACGGCCACAAAGAUUGCCCAGAGGGAGAGGACGAGCUGGCAGAGACAUGUCAGUCUUUCUGUAAGGGUCGCUUUAAAUGUCACCAGACGUCCAUGUGUCUCCACGAUGACCAUGUGUGUGACGGCUGGUUCCACUGUCCGCUUCAUGACGAUGAGAGAUUUUGUUUUGCAAACGACACAUGCCCACUUGGAUGUGCGUGUUCAGGAGAAGAAAUGACUUGCAACUCUGGUUCCAUGAUCAGUGACCUUGGGCGCGUGAGGCGACUGGAUAUAUCUUACAUUACUCUACAGAACGAUUUACUUACUAUUCAAAACCACUAUUUAAUCUCACUAUUUGCCCACAACUCAAGCAUACGCCAACUCGGCCAUUUGGGCAUGGUUAACCUAUACCACCUAGAUUUAAGCGAUAAUUAUUUAAGAAAGUUAUCCCUGGACACUUUUGAAAAAACUCAGGGAAUCCGUCAACUCUCACUAGCCAGGAACGAAUUAACAGAUGUGGAUCUGCAACCUAUAACAUCUCUGAAAAACCUUGAAAUACUCGAUCUUUCUGGUAACGUCCAAGUUCGUAUUAAAUCAUAUUCCUUUACUGGCCUAUCCAAAUUGACAACCUUGCACCUGGAUGACAUGGGCAUAGCAGUGGUAGAGCAUAAUGCGUUUGAUGGACUUGAAAAACUGGGUACACUCACUAUGAAAGGGAAUUCAAUGUCAGUUUUCCAGAAAAGUGUGCUGUUAGGUUUGUCUCAGCUUUCCUCCUUGAGUAGUGACAAUUACAAGUUGUGCUGCCCGAUCAUGAAACCAGAAUCCUUGUCCAAGGGAACCUGCCAAGCCCCAAAAGAUGAAAUUUCUUCCUGUGAGGACAUCCUCCGGACGUCCUUUCUCCGCGUUUUUCUGUGGCUCAUGGCGUCCCUGACAAUCUUAGGCAACAGCUGUGUUCUCGUUUACCGGUUCUGUGUAGACCGCAAGCCUUCAACACUGGGUUUCAAUACGUUUAUCACUAACCUCAGUGCCUCUGAUCUUCUCAUGGGGAUGUACUUGGCUAUCAUAGGUGCAGCAGACCAAGUCUACAGGGGACGCUACUUGUGGGAAGCAGAAACCUGGAAAAACUCGAGUUACUGUUCCUUAGCUGGGUUUCUGUGCAUGGUAUCCAGUGAGGUGUCCGCCUUCACCAUCUGUAUGGUCACUCUAGAUCGGUACUUAGCCUUGGCAUUCCCACUGGCAAAUGUCCACCUUACUCCGAAGAGAGCUCGACUCGUUCAGAUGGUCACGUGGGUCGUCGGUGUCCUGUUUGCUGGGAUUCCCCUAUUACCUUCCUUGUCUCACUGGCGGUUCUACUCCCAGAACGGCAUAUGUGUCCCGCUGCCAAUCACCCGUGCCAGUUUCCCCGGGAGCAACUAUGCCUUUGCCAUCUUCAUCAUGCUUAACUUUGUCAUAUUUGUGAGUAUUGCCGUAGGGCAAAUUCUCAUAUUCCGCUCAGUGAGGGCGAACAGUACCAAGAUGAAGGGAGCGACAACAGCAAAUCGGAGAAACCAGGACACCGCCAUUGCACAAAAAUUAGCUCUUGUUGUGAUCACAGAUUUCCUGUGCUGGUUUCCGAUUGGAGUUAUGGGUCUACUUUCCAAAACUUCUGUUCCAAUCCCCGGAGAAGCAAAUGUAGUCGCGACCAUCUUCAUCCUGCCUCUGAACUCUGCCCUGAAUCCAUACCUGUACACGUUGUCUGGCGUGAGGCAGAAACUACAGCAAAAAUCUUCAAAUUUG